CAGUCGGUGGCAGCAACGUACCGUUUCAUUGUUUACUAUCACCAUUGAAAAGAAGAAGAUUUUGACAGAUAUCCAGUAGCUCUCUAUAUUUAUGUUUCUCUAUUUUUAAUAAAAUGUGUGUUUUUAACGCAAUGUUAAGCUAGAUGGGCAUUCGGAGAUGGCUGAACUGCCUAGACGAGCACAUCGACAGUCGGACUAAUGCCUUAACCUCCCCCAGCUGGCCUUGUACCUGAGGAGCUGAGGACAGGAUGCUGCUGAAGAUGCCCCAGAAGCUGCUGAAGACUGCCCACUACAUAGAGCUGGGCAGCUACCAGCACUGGCCGGUGUUGAUACCCCAGAGGAUCAGACUGUACACCUACGAACAAAUCCCCCUCUUUCUCAAAGAAAACCCCUACAUCACGGACGGCUACAGGGCUCACCUGCCCUCCAAACUCUGCCUGAGGAGUAUCUUCAUCCUGUCCAAUGAGACGGUGAAUAUCUGGAGCCACCUUCUCGGCUUCCUGCUCUUCUUCUCUCUGGGGGUCAACGACCUCUCCUCAGUACUGCCAGCCUCCGGAGCGAACAGAGAGGACUAUGUCAUCUACGCUAUAGGACUGUUCUGCUUCCAGGUGUGCAUGUUGUGUUCGGUGGGGUAUCAUCUGUUCUCGUGCCACCGUUCAGAGAAGACUUGCCGUCGCUGGCUGUCGCUUGACUACGCAGGCAUCUCUGUUGGCAUCCUGGGCUGUUAUGUACCUGGGAUCUUCUAUGCUUUCUACUGUAAUGCUUUUUGGCGACAGGUCUACCUGCUGACAGUGCUGUCCCUGAUCCUGGCCGUCUUCUGUGCUCAGGUCCACCCUCGUUACCUCAGCAACGACUGGCGACGGAUACGGAUGACGAUCUUCUGCUGUGUGGCUGGAAUCAGUGUGAUUCCUGCGUGCCACUGGGUCUGGCUCAAUGGAGGAUUCACCUCUGAUGUUGUCCAGCUGUUCCUGCCUCGUGUGAUGGUGAUGUACCUGAUAGCUGGAUCUGCCUUCCUAUUCUACGUUACCAAGAUCCCUGAGCGUUACUUCCCUGGCCAGCUGAACUACCUGGGAGCCAGUCACCAAGUGUGGCACAUACUGGUGGUGGUGAUGUUUUACUGGUGGCAUCAGACAGCUGUACACAUAAUGCACUUCAGGCACAGCCAGGCGUGCCCGAGCCGGACCAGCAGCAGCUAAGUUAAACCGAUAGAUAAUGUUAUGAGGAGCCAAUCAGUUGUAGGCUAAUAAUUGUAUGUAGAUAUCGGUUAAAUGCACUAUGUUCAUUUUCUUCUUCUUACCAGUUAGUUGCUGCCUAAAGUUCUUUCGACCACUAACUACCAGCAGCUUCUGACUUAGCUGCUAAGAUGUGAAAAUGAGUUUGAUGGUAGCUUUUAGUUUUCACUGAGCCGUCGGUCGCUGUUUAACUGCUUGUACCCUGGCCAGCUGUUAAAGGCCAGUAUUUUCUCUAAGUCUCCUGUCUCCGUGCAGUGGAAGCACUGUAAAUUUUAAAAUCCCUGAACUGAUGUCAAAAGUGUAGCUGCACCACAGUUAUUCCCCCUGAUGGACAGAAAAUUAUUCUUGAUGUUGCACCAUAAUCGUUAGGAUCAAUGCAUGAAUUUAUUUAUAGGAACAGACGGAAACAGAAGUUGGGUGUUUUUAAUUGCUGAUCAUGUUAUAUCAUGGUUGGUUUAGAUUCUUUUGUACAGAAGUUUUGAAAAUCUAUCUAUCUAAAUCUUUUGACUCAAACAUAAUUUAGCCCGUGUGAACAAUUACUUUUCAGCAUCUAAUUUUGUUUUUAUGUAUCAGUUCCUACAUGAUUAGACUGUAUGAGAUGUCUUGAUGUCUAUGGGAGAAACAAUGUCUCAACGCCUGGAGUAUUUUAAGCUUUCGAACAAAUAUUUAAAGGUCAAUCAACGGUCGAUCUGCAAGAUCUAAGGUGCAGAACUGAACAAAAUGUGGGAACAUUAGGCUGCGUUACAUUGUUUUCUUGUUGUGUCUUUUUCUUUAGUCUGUACUGUAUUCAGCUUUGGAACAAAUAAGACGAUUUGAAUA